AUGGUGACGUCGCGCAAGCGCGUGGCCAAGCGGACCACGGCGUCCCGCACGGCGCAGCUCGAGGAGAAGCUCGACGACCUGGUGUCGAUUCUCAGGGCGACGCAGCAGCAGCAACAUCAACACCAGCAUCAGCAUCACCAACAUCAGCAGCAGCUCCCGCAAGAACAACAGCAGCAGCAGCAGCAUCAACAGCAGCAUCAACAGCAGCACCAACAGCAGCACCAGCACCAGCACCAACACCAACACCAACACCAGCAUCAACACCCGCUGCCGCACCAGCCGCACCAGCCUCCGCUCCCUCAUCAUGUCAACCAUCUCCAGCAGCCGCACCAGCCGCCCGAUCGACUCCCCGAGCCGACUCCCAGCGAAGCCGAAGUGUACCUCAUCAAGUUUCGCCAAUGGCUCGAAUUCUUUCCCUUCGUGUACCUGGCUCCCGACGUCACGGCCGAGGCCCUACACAGGGAGCACCCCUUCCUCUGGCUCUGCAUCAUGUGCGUCACGAGCAUGUCCAUGCCACAGCAGGCUGCCAUGCGGGACCGGUUGCGGCAGGACAUUGCGCAGCGAAUGAUUGUCAACCACGAUCGAACCUUGGAGGUGGCCCAGGGCUUGAUUGUCCUGACUGCUUGGGCGACAAUGAGUGCCGGCCCCGGCAGCAAGCCUUUUCUUACAAUGUAUACGCACCUGUGCAGCUGCAUCAUCUACGAGCUGAAUCUCACAAAGUUCCCCAACGAAGAGCAAUUUGCGACUGUGUGUUUCAAGGCAUGGGGAGGUCGGAACGUUCCCCCGGCUAAAGAGCGUACGAUGGAAGAGCGACGGCUGGUGCUUGGUUUCUGGUAUAUAACAUCCCUAUGCCGUGAUUAUGGCCGACCGGAUCCCAACAAGGCGCCCACGUACAUCCACAAGAAGAGUCUGCUCCUUCAGCUGCAAAAGAUUCGGGAUACACUGCCGCCAGCUGCAGCAUCCAAGGCCGUGAUACAAAUGCAGCUCUUCAGCACCGAAACCCAGAUCCAAUCCGUCGGCCUCUUUGGCGGAGCGAGGAUCCCGGACGCGCCGCGCAUCGAUGCCAUGUACGCCGCUCUGGUCGCCGCCCGGGCCUGGUACGAAGUGCUGUUUACCAUCCCGCUCGCCGAGUUCAUCGGCAUGCCGUUCUCGCUCUACGUGCAGCUUUCCCAGAUCCACGCGUUGCUGUACCGGGUGACGACCCUGGACGACCCCGCCUGGGACAAGGAGAUUGUCCGGAGCACGGCGGAUUUGGGCAAUCACUUGGACAGGACGAUUGACCUCUUCACCAAGGCCGAGGCGUUUUACCCGCUGCGGGGAGGGCCCGAGGACGUGUCCAUCUUUGGCAAGUGCACAAAGGUGCUGCGCAACGUGCGCUCCAACUGGGAGCCGGCCAUUGUGCAGCAGCCCAUGGGAGGACUGCCGACGCCGAGCAGCCAGGUGGUCCCGGGCGCGGCGCCGCAGCCGCCGUUGCUGGUGGACCAUUCCAUGAUGCCGGACCAGGACCUGUCGGCCGACUUUGGGGACAUCAACUGGAUGACGCAGGUGUUUGGUCCCUGGGAGCUUUGA